GGGCUGUGUCCCUGAGAUCACACUCCAUGGCACCGCCUCCUACAAGGAGUGACGUCAGGUCAGAGCUCCCAGAACACGUCCGGAGGUCCCCAAACCCCGGCGCUCCAGCCGCUUCAGUCCCGGGCCGUCCGACUUCUCAGCGGCGGACCUGCCACCGGCGACAGCGCGACUAUACACCCUUCGGCUGUUUGCUCGCUAUGCCUCUACCGCGGGGUGACGUCACCGCCCUGUUCCUGGGGCCCCCGGGCGCGGGGAAGUCGGCGCUGGUUGCCGCGCUGUGCAACAAGGACGUGGAGGUGGUGGAGAUCCCCGAUGGGCGGCCAGACCCCGCACUCCCCAGCCUGCGAGCUGCGGGCCCAGGCCUCUUCCUGGGUGAGCUGAGUUGCCCACCCGCUGCACCCGGGCCCUGGGCAGCGGAGGCGAACAUGUUGGUCUUGGUGCUGCCCAGCCCGGAGGGGAACGACGAGCCCUUGGCCCCAGCGCUGGGGGAGGCAGCGCGGGCCGCACUGGCCCGAGGAACCCCGCUGCUGGCUGUGCGGAACCUCCGACCCGGGGAUCCACAGAAUGAAGCCCAGGCCCGCGAUCAGACAGCGGCCCUCCUGGACGGCGCUGGGUUGGGAGCUGUGCCUCUCUAUGUGCUGCAGGCGGACUGCGACGGCUGCGAGGAGCUGGAGCGCCUGCGGGCGGCGCUGCGGAGCCAGGCGGAGGCACUGCAGAGGCUCCUGCCACCGGCUCAGGAUGGCUUCGAGGUGCUGGGAGCAGCUGAGCUAGAGGCUGUGCGAGAGGCCUUCGAGAAGGGGGGCCUGGAGGCAGCGCUCUCCUGGGUUCGUGCUGGCCUGGAGCGACUGGGUAGCGCCCGGGUGGACCUGGCCAUAGCCGGCACUGCUGACACGGGCUUUGUGCUGGACAUGCUGCUUGGGCUGGACACGGGGGACCCGGGUGCUGUGCCUGCUUCGGCGCCCACUGGACCCACACCCUACCCGGCCCCGGAGCGCCCCAAUGUGGUGCUCUGGACCAUCCCUCUGGGCUCCGCGACUACUGCUGCCGCCCCCCACCCAACUCACUACGACGCCCUCAUCCUGGUCACCCCUGGAGCCCCCACUGAGGAGGACUGGGCCCAGGUCCGGCCCUUGGCGCUACCGGAUGCCCCGUUGGUCUGUGUGCGAAUAGACGGUGAGGGCGAGGAUCCGGAGUCUCCGGAAGAAGAGGAAAAGGCAGAGAAGCCCAGCAGGGAGAGCUUAGAGAACGCAGGCGGAGGGGGGUUGGAGGAGGAACGCGGCGAGGGAAGGGACAAACGAGGCGCUGGGUCGCAGAAGGCAGGCAGUGAGAGUUCGCAGCAGGCUGGCGGCAACGCGAAGCAAUCGGGCAGUGGGGACUCUGAGCGCGCGGCCGCCUGGAGCCCCGAGGACGAGACGUGGGAGGUGCUGGAGGAGGCGCUGCCGCCCGUGUUCCCCUUGCGGAGGGGCGGACUCCCCGGGCUCUGCGAGUGGCUGCAGCGCGCGCUUCCCCCAGCCCAGGCGGGCGCGCUGCUGCUGGCGCUGCCGCCCACGUCCCCGCGUGCAGCCCGAACCAAGGCUGCGGCGCUGCGGGCUGGGGCGUGGCGGCCGGCUCUGUUGGCCAGCCUGGCGGCAGCGGCAGCACCGGUCCCCGGGCUCGGCUGGGCCUGUGACGUGGCCCUUCUGCGCGGUCAGCUGGCAGAGUGGCGGCGGGCGCUGGGGCUCGAACCCGCAGCGCUGGCUCGGCGCGAGCGCACGCUGGGUUUGGCUCCCGGGGAGCUGGCCAAGCGGACGCACUUCCCCGGCCCAGUCACGCGCGCCGAAGUGGAGGCGAGGCUGGGGGCAUGGGCCGGCGAGGGCACCGCAGGGGGAGCCGCGCUGGGGGCGCUCUCCUUCCUGUGGCCCGCAGGCGGCGCGGCGGCCACGGGUGGCCUGGGCUACCGCGCGGCCCAUGGCGUCCUGUUGCAGGCGCUGGACGAGAUGCUGGCUGAUGCGGAGGCAGUGCUGGCACCCCAUGCGCCUGCUCAGUGAGAGGUGGGAUGAAGGCCAGGGCCACCGGGGUGCUCGGCCAGGGGCUGAGGACUCCAAGUCCGGUUUAUAGAGGGAGGGGUUUAGGGGUCCAGGCUCUGGCCUGGGAUGUCUGGGCCUCAGAUAACAGAGCAAGUGUGUCGCCAAUCCAAAUCCUGGAUGCUUGAGGGGGUUGAGACUGGCUAUUGGUUGGGAUAUGUGACUUCUAGUCACCCGGAUUCCUAGGUCUUGGAGGGGAAUCGAAUCUGGGAGUCAGGACUCCUGAUUUCUCUGGGGAUCAUGGGGCAGGACCCCUAGCCCUGUGUCCUGAAGGGAGUUGAGCAGUUGGACUCUAGAAGGGAGUAGAAACUGGAUGUCUUGGACAUCUAGUCCUCCAGGGUUAGGUGGUGUGGAAGCCCUGAUUCCUGGUGAGGGACUUGUCGGUGGUAAUGGGGAUUCCAGAAUGGAGGAAGGGAUCUGGGUACUCCAGGGAGCUGGAACGCUUGGACUUCUAAGGCACCAAGGGAUAUGGGGUGUCGGCUUUCCAGGGGGAAAGAUGUAGUGGGCUGUGAACCUUCAUGGGGGGAAGGGCAGGCUCGGGGGCUCAGACUCCUGGCUCCCAGGAGGGCUGUGGACCGUGGUUCCUAAUUCCUGGAUGGUGGGAGGUCUGCAUCUGAGGAGGGAACAGGGCUGUGUGACAGCUAGAAACCCUCCGACCUCUCGUGGGGAGGAGAGAGAUGUUCAGUAUUUGCUCCUGGGGAAGGGGGACCCCAGCAUUUGUGGGGAGGAUGAGGGGAGGAGGGGAGGGGCCUGGCGGGCUCUGGGGGGUGGCCAGGCACUAGGAAUGAGGCUUUCUGGGAAUGGAAGGGCAGGAACCCCUACCGCAGAGGUCUCUCCUGCAAAUCCCUGAUGGGUUUGGGUCCUGGAAACUGCCGCUCUCUCUGUGACUUUGGGAAGGGGUGAGACCGCCCCCGUUUCAUAGGUGCUGGGUGAGUGGUGAGCUCUCUGGGCAGUCUGUUCCUCUGUCUGUUCCUCUCCUUUAGUGGCUUCUCGUUUUGGACUUGGUUUCUGCUGUCAUUAAACCUGAACCCUCCCUGGCCUUGGUACUUUUGUACAUCUGCCUUUGUGGAGAAGCCGCUGUACUGCUGCGCUGAUCCAGACCUUCCUGUGUUGGCUCCCUGGGUGUACACAGAGAGUGCCGCAGUGAGCAAGGGACCCACAGGACAGCUGGGCAGGUGUCCAGCCUCUGGGGAUGGGCCACAAGUGAGGCAAAGGCAGAGCCGUAUGCCUGGGAUGCUUUAGGCUGUACCUGCAUGUAGAGGAGCAGCCACAGGGCACAGAAUUCUUCAGUGUCGAAAACAGCAAGGGACGGGGGGGACCAGCAAGGGGGACCCGAGAGGCCAUCCAAUAGAACCGCUUCUGUGAUAGUCGGGGAGAGCAAAGCUCAGAGAGGGCAGAUUCUAGGCCCCACAGCACACAGAGAGGCUCUGUGGCAAGCCCCAGCCUUUUCUCAUUGCCUCACCCCAUCCCCCAACCAGCUUGCUAGAUCUUCCUUCUGAUGCUUGAGUGGGCCCUCUGGGGCCCUGCCUCAGGACCUGGGAACUUGUUCAUUCUGCCUAAAAUUUCCAUGAGUGGCUCCUUCUGUCAAUCAGGUCUCAGCUCAGAUGUCCCCUCAGAGACCUUCCCUGAUGACUCUAACUGAAGUAGCUCACCCCCCCGCCCCUCAUACUUAUCUCAGCUGGUUAAUUUUCCUUGUAGCAAUUAUUACUGUAGAAAAUUCUUUAUUUAUUUAUUUGCCCAUUAUUGGCUAUUAUCCCCUUGUCUGUCUUGUUCUAUGCUGUACCCACAGCACCCAGAAGAGUGCUUGACACAUAGGUGCUUAGUAAAUAUUUAUUACUUUAAUUUAUUAGUCAGUGGCAGAACUAGGACUAGGAAUGUAGAUUGUCAGUCUCUUGCCACAAGACAGGGAAAAGGAUUGAGAUGAGGAGAGAAAGUGCCUGUCUGAGGUCAGGGGACCUGGGAAGCAAGCACAGCUUUGCCACCGUCGCCCUGGGUGACUUGGACCAGUGCCUUAUUUUCUCAUCUGUGAAAUGAAAGUGCUGGAUGACAACCAUAACUUCUGAGGCCCCAUUUCCUGUGACAGCUGAAGAUAAGGCUAACUGAUCUGAGGGCCAGAUGCUUGAGGGCUGACGCUCCCCCUCUCCCCCCCCCCCCCUCCAGCUUGAACUCCCACCACUGGCACAAUUUAUCCCUUUCAAGUGGAGAUGGUGGAGAUGGGAAAAAGCAUUUGGCUCUGUACAGAAUGGCUCCAGGCAUUGUCAAAGCUCUCAGUCUGGGCGGAAUACAAUUCUACUAGUGUAGCUCUAGGAUCAGACAGUCCUGCUGAAUUUGGGGGUGAUCUGGGGCAAGUCACUCAGAAAAUGGUGUCUACCUUGCAGGGUUAUUGUGAGAAUUCAGUGUAUAUGUAGGUACAUGCAUUCGCUCUCACAUAUCAACAUACUGCAGCCCCGCCCCCCGAGAAGCCUGGCACACUGGGAGCUCAAGAGGUAGUCUGGUUGCCCUUGCCCACAUGCCCCCAGCCCUGGGCAACACCAAGAUGACUCUAUUCUGGUUGCUUUUGCUCACAGAGUGCCGUCUUUUUCUGUCAUGUUGACGCCAUCUCUGAUUUGGUCCUGACAUCUCUGCUCUCUGCUCCAAUGCCAAUGGGGAUCAUGCCAGAGAUCAUAUCUGAGAAAGCAAGACCCAGUUUUGUUUGCAUGUGUCUCUGUUGUUGGUGAGUGCUGGUGGUGUUACUGUAUAUAAUUGUAUAUUGCUACUCUCGAGUGUCACAACUACCUUUUGGAGUGGUUGCCUUUUAAAUCAUGACUUUGGAUGGCAUUUGACUUUUAGACUUCGUGGAGGCAUAACGUUGCUAGUUGACUCAGAAAAGACUGUGUCUCCCUGUGGACAGAUCACUGGCUGCCAUGGGGGUGUGUCUACGUGGCACCUUCAGCCUGGAAGACCCUCAAAGGCAAGAAUUCAAGGAAAUGUAUGAUGAAUCUCCGUGUUGCCAUCUGCCAAAAACAGAAUGGGCACAAAGAACUUGAGCAUCGAUCCCAUCUCAGCACCUUAACUGAGUUUCCUACAUUUCUGGAUAAUGAUGGAAGGACUUGUCCAUUGGGGUGGAGAACCAUGAAAGGGUGAAUCGAGGGUGUGGCUGGCCUGUGGUGCUUUUUGGAGGAGUGAAUAAAGAUGAGUAGAAAUGCCA